GCCUCUUACUGCCUGACCCAGAAUGUCUGGAAACUAGAGGGGGCCACAGACAACUACUUCCAGAACCCAGACCUCUACUACAAGGAAUCCAUGAAAACUCCUGUGGAGAAGAAGCUGGAACAACUCUACAACUGCUACAAAGAUCCCCAGGAUGAGAAUAAGAUUGGCAUCGACGGCAUCCAGCAGUUCUGCAAUGACCUCACCCUGGACCCGGCCAGCAUCAGAGUCCUGGUGUUGGCGUGGAAGUUCCGGGCUGCCACCCAGUGCGAGUUCAGCAAGGAGUUCCUGGACGGCAUGUCCGAACUGGGGUGCGACAGCCCCAGAGAAGCUGAAGGCUCUUCUUCCCAGAUUAGAACAAGAGCUGAAAGACAGCGGAAAGUUCAGGACUUCUACCAGUUCACCUUCAACUUCGCCAAGAACCCUGGACAGAAGGGUUUAGAUCUAGAGAUGGCUGUGUCCUACUGGAACCUGGUACCGAAAGACCGUUUUAAGUUCCUGGGCCUCUGGAACAGGUUCCUAUUGGGGCGUGGCCAGUUCUCAUAGACGACUUUGUGGAAUUCGCCCGGCCAAUCGUAACGGGAUCCAAACGCAAAACCCACUAAUAACAACUCAGCUCUUGGAAGAGGGGUAGAACUUUGGUUCCUCUUCAUUGACUUUGUAGGAUUUUUUAAAAUACUUUAAGAGAAAACUGUGAAACACUUAAAACAGUGACACUGCACAAUUAUCAGGUAACCACCUAUCAGGGAGGAGUGAGAGGAAAACACAGGAAGCAACUCUUGAGUUUUAUUUCUGUCCUUGUUUGAUGGGAGUCGCCAUGUGCACAUUGUCAGCUGGUGUCUCCGGCAAUACAUGUCCCAGCCUGAGGGCUAGCCGGGAAGAGGCCUUGGUAAUAUCAGUGUUCCAGAAAAGAAUCAGAGAAAAGGAAAGAGCUACAUCUCCUGGCACAGCCACGGCCUCUCUCUCUCUUUCUCUCUUGGAGGAAUGACAAAACAUUGAGAGCAGGGGACCAGCUCUGGGAAUUCAGAUGUAAAAGACCGACUGCUGUGUGUGUGUGUUUCGGGUCGAUUCUUGUUAGUUUGCUUUUUUGUGGCAAGCAGGGCUCUGCGACGACCUUGUUUCUAACCCAAACACUUUGGGACCGACAGAACAGCUUGCAACGUUUGCUCACGAAACAAGCACCAACAAAACUGUUACAGUUGUUAUAUACUGUUUUCUAAAACAGUAUGUACUUAUAAUUAUAUUAAGAAUAAUAUAAAUAUGUUACAUUUAUAAAUAUGAGAGAAAUGUUUUUGUGUAAAUUAAAAAAGAAAUGCAGGUAUAUGAUGCCUCAAUAUAAUUGGAUUGAUUUUGAUUUUUAGGUCUGGUGUGUACCAAGUCAUUUUAUUGUUUUCAAAUCUUUUUUGUUCACUACUGUCUUUUGUUCACUACAUUUUAGCCAUUGAAGUAAAUGGACCAUGCCUUCUCUAAAUGCUAGUCACAUAUGACAUGUGUACAGUAGGGCAGGGCUGCUCAUUCUGGGCCGCAAGGGCAGAAAUACUUUUAUUUUCUACCUGGUCGUGUUAGGGGGAUUAUAUAAAAUAACAAAAAUCAGGUCUUCAAGGGCUGGCCAAUUGUCUGCUGGCCAAUUAAUGACACGACUUGAUCAAUUAAAUGCAAGGCAUAAAUGAAAAGCAGGACUGAGGCAUAGCCGCAGGAAGUAGGUGUGCUGAAAAAUCAGAAUACCAUUUAUUUUGUAAUAAAAUAUAUUAUUACCUUUUAAAAAGGUAGUGCACUGGGCAUUUACUAGUAUUAGCGGACCGAUAUAGAUGUCUGUAGCACGGACAAAAACUUUUUUUCGGCAUCUCUGCUUUGGCAAAAAAGCUUGAUCAGUUUUUGUGCAGUAUUAAUUUACCAUCCUUACAAACCACUUAAUGUAAAUGUACAUUACUGUAUUGUACAUA